AUGGGUACUAGUAUUUCUUUACUCUUCAGUUCAAAAUAUAAAACAUUUUUCGAUUUAUCUACUGAAGAUGCUCUUAUUCCUGAUUUAUCACAGGGUUGGGUACCGCAAGCACUUGGUUACAUACCAGAAAAAAAAUGGUUGUUAGUAACGAAUUAUAACGAUGAUAAAAAAACUGCGAGUUCUAUUGCUGUUAUUGAUUCUAUCACAAAGACUUUCAUUAAACGAAUAUUAUUAGCUAAGAAAAAUGGUGACGUCUAUACUGGUCAUGCUGGCGGUAUAGCUGUUUCUAAAACUAAUGUGUUUAUAUCGUCCAAUAAAUCAUUAUAUCAAAUCGAAAUUAGUGCUAUUAUCGCUGCUAGUGAUAACUCAACGAUUAAAUUUGUAAAUCAAUUUAGUAUUGAUACACAAGGAAGUUUCGCUUAUUUUGAUCUAACAGAUAAUAUUUUAUGGGCCGGUGAUUUUGUUGAUGGUAAAGAUGAAAAACAACAACCCAAAUUAGUUGGUUAUAAAUUAAAUAUUAAUGACACAUUAAAUAACUCUCGAUUAUCAGCGACUUAUACAUGGAAUAUUCCAGUUAAAAUUCAGGGCAUGGUAAUUAUUAAUGAUAAAUGUGUGUUUAGCCAAUCAUACGGUCGUGCAUCUGACAGUAAAUUAAUAAUAGCCAAUAAAGGUUAUAAUGGUAAACAACUAAAAACAAUUACAUUAACACCAUUAUCCGAAGGCCUUUCAUAUCAUCCUAAUUCAAAUGAUCUUUUUAUUAUUUUCGAAUCAGCUGCUCAGCAAUAUCUCGAUGGUGGAACAUAUCCAUUAAAGAAUAUUUAUAAGAUAAAUGUUAAAAAGUUAUUCAAGGAUAUUGCUUAA